AGUAGCAUCCCGACGCCUGUUAAACGAAGUACAACGACGACCAUGGCGAAACGCAACAAGGACCUGGAGCAGGAGGUGCUCACCUGGAUAUUCGGGUGUUUGGGCCAGCCCGUGCCCGGCGGUGAGUUCGAGGACAUCCUCAAGAACGGCGUGGUGCUCUGCCACCUGAUGAACAAGCUCAUGCCAGGAUGCAUCAAAAAAAUCCAGGAAAAGGGCACCAAUUUCCAACUCAUGGAGAACAUCCAGAGGUUCCAGGCGGCCGCGAAAAAGUACGGCCUGCCCGAAGAGGAGAUCUUCCAAACGGCCGAUCUCUUCGAGAGAAGAAACAUCGCCCAGGUGUGCAUUUCGCUGUUUGCGCUGGGGCGGAUCACCCAGAAGCACCCGGAAUGGACCGGGCCCACUUUGGGGCCCAAGAUGGCCGACGAGAACAAGAGGAGCUUCACCGAUGAGCAGCUGAGGGCGCACGAGGGCCAGCUCAACUUGCAGAUGGGCUUCAACAAGGGCGCUUCCCAGUCGGGUCACGGGGGUUUCGGAAAUACGCGCCACAUGUAAAAGAAUUGAUUGAUAAAGGGGGCCAUAAAAAGCGUGGAAUUAAUUAUUUAUUAUAUUAUACAUAGAUUUAGUUACAGCUAAUUUGUAAUUAUUACUUUUUUUCAAUAUAAUGCGUUGAGUAUUAUGUAUUUAACACCGGCGAUUUCGAUGCGAGGUGGCGGUAAAAGUAGGGUGAAAAUUGUUGGUUAAUUAGGUGUUAACUGGUGCGUGGCUAGCGAACAGUCAGAUAUGAGGCAAUGUUCGAAUUUUUGCUCGUUUCAUAAACGGAUACUUAUUAAUUAUUUCACAUAAAAAAUUGUGUUUCAAAACGAAAAUUUUGCGUAAUUUUUACGGAUAAAUACGGUGAUAUUUUUGCGCCAUCCGUAGGUACUAAAUUAUUUAGAGAAUACUGACAUUCACCUACUUUCGAGCGGCUUAAAUGAGACAACACGGUCAAUUUUACUACCAUAAAGCCUAUUCUAUAUGGAAAAAUUUAUUGCAGCGACUUUAUAUCGUUUUUCGAGUUCAAUUUUACAAGGCUUACAAAGUCGCUUCUCACCCAUUUUCUCGCUAAAAUUGUAUCUUUAAUAAACGCUUCUAAUUUAUUACCACAUUCAUUGAGAGUUUCAAACAUCACGUUUAUUUUUGGCCGG